CAGAUCAACAAAAUGUAACAUUAAGUCGUUCCUAAAUCAAAGUUUACAUUUUGUAACAAAAUCUAACAAAAACAAAUACAACGAUUUUUUUGACAUAACAAUAGUUAACAUUGUUCAAUAAAAGAACGGACCACAGACAUGUGAACUGUGAACCCUUCCUUAAUCAAAAGUACAGUUCGAUUUUGAUUUUCUAUUUUCGUUUGCUCAAGUAGGUACAGUUCGAACUUUUUAUAACUCGAGACUCAACCAACUUCACAGGGAAAUAUCCAUUUUUUCAUCCCAUCAUCGGCUGAAAAAAGAACUUUUUUUUUAUCGCAAAAGUGCUACACUUUACUACUAGAUUUUCUGGUCAUGGCCGUCGUCGUUUUUCUUGUGAUAACUUUUAUUCAAACUUUUCCUCAAAAGAAACGCACAAUCAAUCAAAAAACUAAUUAAAUAAACGAUAUAUUUACUGAUUGUGUAGUUUACCUUCUAUUAAUCUUGCAAAUAAUCAUUGAAAAAACCGUGUAAUUGUGUGUAGGAAAGGUGAAAAAAAAAUCCGUCGGUUCGUUUGAUAGGAAGUCGCAAAGAGGAAAAGGACACAUACAUAUAAUCAUUUUUUUUUCGUUUUUUUGACAAAGAUGAAAAUUAUCCUCAAAAAAUGCUGUAUAAAAUGAAAUAAAUCUAUAUAAAAAAUAAAAAAACAUUUAUUUUCUUGCAAAUAAUGCAAGUAAUUCUAUCUUUCUCAAUAUUGCAGCCCCAGUGGCAGUGACUUGCAGCAGGCGUAGUGUGACCGUGUGACGGCAGUGAUCUCGUCAUAUUGAUAUUUUUAUGGAUUUUAAUGGUGUAGUACCUUUGCAAAAUUCAUUUUUAAUAAUAAUACAUUGCAAAAACGAAACUAAUUGUUGCACAGCAUCGGGAAAGUGAUAUUAGAAUUAUAUCCUUGUUGAAAAAAAUGGUGGUGUAAAUGUACAAUUUUUCUUGCCCCCAGUCUGUCCAUAUAGGAACGAACGAACCAACGAAAAAAAAAAGAGUAGAAAAGAACCGAUAGAAAAAUGACGUGUGUGUUUUGUAAUUUUUGAACAUUAAAACGAGACAGAUAGAGUUUUUGUCUGUCAGAAAUUUUCUACCUUGCAAAUGCGUUUCUUCUCAUUCCAUUCAAUGUGCGUUAAUUGAAGAUGGUGUGUUUUCUUUUCCCAUGAACAAACAGAGUGUUUAUUAUCUGGAAUAGACUGUGUUUAAAAAAUAUAUGGUUUUGUUUGCAGGCUAUUCUUCGAGUAAAUCAAGAUAGGUAUUUUGAGUAUCUUAUCAACAGCAGCUUUCUCUUUCUGUCGUAUAUAUUUCACUUUUUAACAAGAUUGUAGUAUGUGCUUAUAAGAAUUUUGCUAAUGAGUAAAACUGAAAUGCAAUACAUAUUAGUUUUCAGACAAAAAAAAACCGUAUAGAAACAAACUAUAUCAUUUUAUUUGAAUAAAGUUAAAAAAAAAAGAAACAAAAUAUCAAUAUUCUACAAUAAUAGCAAUGGAUAACUAAUUGCCAAAGAAAAUUAUAAGUUUCUUCUGGUUGCUAUUGGUGUCAACAUAAAUUCAAUUUCUAGUGCCCAUUAUCGUAGACGCAUAAAAUCAAUUAAUUGCAUCAUACCGUCAAUCAUCUUGAUCUCUCUAACCUUCAGCCAGGGUGCUUGGCUUGGUUGAGGUCGGUUAACCGGCCAACGUUGUACAAUUUUGUUUUCCAAAUGCAAAUAUAAAAUUGAACUUCAACAAAAAUGUACAAUGAUAUGAACGCAUCGUCCUCAUCGGUUGCAAGUUGUUCGUCAAACUCAACAACAACAACUACUACAGCACCUUGCAAUGUCAUAGCUGGAAAUGGAGGUGGUGGCGCUGCUGCUGUCGGAGCAAUAAAUCCCAAUGAUAUGUCGAUCGCAUCUGUAACAUCAAUGGCAAGUAAUUCGACAACAACAAUCAGCAUUGCAUCACCUUCGAUAUACACUUUAGCAAGUACAGCUCCAGAUCAAGCAACUACAACUGGAAACGAUGAAGAAAAACCAAAUAAAUCGGAGUCUUGGGAAGAAAGCAGACUAAAAGAUUGGGAUUAUUGUCGUUUUAAACAGCUGCUAGACGAAGCAUAUUCUUACAAAAAUCCGCGCGAUAAAGAAAAUAAAAGUGAAAUUUUCUUACAAUUACUGCAAAAAGCAGAAAAGGAAAAAGAAGAUCAGAAAUUUGCAUUUCGUGCGCUAACAUCACUAUAUACACCUCGUACCUCGACUUCAAAUAGCCAAAAGCAAGGUGGAUCCUUGCAAGAUCUAGUUGAGGCAGUACGCAACGACUCGCUUGACUGUGAUUACAAUUACGGUGGUCAACGUAACCGUCGUCACAACCACAACUCGCGUCCAAAAAAGUAUUCAUCUGUUUCGUCUCGACAGCGCGAAGGGGGUAGUUUGCCGAGUAACGUUAAUGUCUCUAACUGCAGUCUCAGUGUUUACGAGCAACCGUUUUUGAAUGAGGAACCACCCAAACAAAGUCAAGAAAAAAAGGAAUCGCGUGUAUUGACUAAUACCGCUAGCACAACAGCUUGUCAGAGGCUUGUUGGUGCUUUGCCAGCAAAAAAACCCAUCUUAGCGCCUGGCAUAACAGCAUCGACAAGCAGCGGUGGUGUAGCCGAAGUUACUAUCGCUACUAAAGCUUGUUCGGCAACAUCUAAAAACGAUUUUGCUAUUGUGGGAGGCUGUGGCGGUGUAUGCGAAGGAGCCAAAGGAGUUAAAGGAAUUAAGAGCGCAAUUUCUCUUGCAGCAACCAUUGGAAGUGCAACAAGUGCUACAUGUGCUGCUUUAGCCACAGCAACAGCCGUUGUUUCUGGUAGUACAGAUACCGUGGUCGAGAUGAAUGAGAACUACAUUGACCCGCACAAUGAGAUGCUUUCUCAGGGUAUUCAAUUCGAUCGUUUCGAUGGAAUUGAAAUGAAAAUCCCUCGGGCAAACAUAAUCGGUUCGGUUUUGACCAGAAGUGAUUUUUCACCCAACAACACUACUUGUUAUGUUGAUGAAGCAGUUCACUUUACAACCUUAGAACGUGGCAAAAGCACAGUAGACGCUAGCUAUAUACCAUUAGAUGAAAACUACAAGGCAUGCAAAUCAGUGUUGGGCGAAAAAUCCGAACUCGUCAAAAUGCAAUCAUUUUCCGCCUCGAAAACGAUUUCGAAACAAUAUGACGAGAACGGCAAUUCCCUCAAUACGACUUUCACAGUAAACCAAUCGCAGGCGAAAGCUAAAAAGAAAAAAACUCAAUCAGAACGAAAUACGAAAACUCUUGACGUGCAAUCAGUGGAGGGAUAUCGCGGGUCAGAUCCAAUUGAAGAGCUGGUUAAGUAUAUUGAAAGUUCUGAGGAUACGAAACAAAACGAAAAAGUCAACAAAUUUACUGAUAGCAAAAAGAAGGACAAAAAGCGAGACAAGGAAAAGGAAAAAGAUAAAGAAAAGGGCAAAAUAAAAAGAAGUAAUUCCCUCGAGGAGCUGAGAUCGUGUUCAAAAAUGGAUGGCGACGAUGUUACUAUGCGAAACAAAACAAAUAUUAAAAAUAAAAAUGUUGAUAUAAAAGAGAAACCAACGGUUUCUUCGUCGGUUGUUGGAGGAAAUGCUGGAACAAAUAGAAAGAGUGAAAGACGUUCCUGGGGAACAGAAGAGCUUAGCUAUUUGGGAGAGAAUAAUGCCAUUGAAGAAGUAAGAGAGAAAAUAAAGGACAAAGAGAAGAAGAAAUCAAGGGAAAAAGACUUAGGUGAAAAACUAGAGAAGGUAGUUGAAAAACGAAAAAAGAACGAUUCUAAUCUUGUUGUUUCAAUGGAAUCUAUUUCAUGUGAGUCGGCUGAGUUUCACGUUGUGACUAAAAAGAAGAAGCCCAAAAAGCAGCGACAACUGACAGAAGAAACCCGAAACAAUAAUUCAUCCAAUCCUCAUAAGAACCCAAUGUAUCAAAACCGAAAAUACCAUUCAAACUUUAGCAAUGAUCGUGAUGCGUACAUGGGUUCGUUUAAUAACAACAGUAAUAACGAUAAAUCUCGUCGAAAAUCCACUUCAUCAAUGCCCCCUUCAGAAAAAUCUGAUUCUAGUGACUUGGAUUCGGUUCAUUCAUUGCCAAUCGAAUCGGCAGGAGGGAGAAGCCCCCUUCAGGUACAUCAUCAUCAGAACCAACCAAGAUCUUAUGCUGAAAUAGCACGCAAAACAGAAGCUGCCGCCGCUGCCGCAGUUGUUUGCUCAACAACUGGAGGGGCUAUCGACUCAACCACUUCUAACACCAGCAGCAACACUUCAUCGCACACAGAGCUAGAAGUCAAUGCGAAUGCGCCCCUGCCCAUUGUUGUCAACACUGUUAUAAAAAAAUCAAAGAAAAGCAUAAAGCCCGAUUUCCCAGAAUUGAUUUCUAAUGAAAUAGCCAAUAGCAGCAGCACCACCAUCCCCAGUAGCAUUAGCACAACAGUAAAACAGAUUUCCUAUUCUCAAAGCCUCACGUCCGCAGGUAAAAAUGAAGAUUCCACAACCGAGAAUGUUUUACAAGGAUCUUCGCCAACAGAAGCAACAAAAACUACUGAAAAGCAAAUGCAAAAACAUCCUGUACACCAAAUGCCUCUGCAAAAAUCAAAGAGUGUGGAGACCGAUAGUUUUUAUAAUAGCAUUGAUCAGUAUCCAGCUUUGGAAAAGACUGUCAAACGACACAGCACUACUAAUGCUUGUGGUUCGGAUGUUGGAGGAGUUCCGACAACAAUUUCACCGUCAGGAACGGUUUCACUUCAAAUGAAUAGUAUUACCAAUUGUGCAUCUAUUGGAAACUCUUCCCCUCCUAACAACAAAAAAUCAAAAACGAAUACCAAAGCCAGUGAUGAAGUACUUGUAGAGCAACAACAUUCGACGACGAAAAAGAGUAAAAAAGAGAAAUCAUUAACCAAUGAGCAGUACUCUUCGACAACACCGUCGACAACAACAAUAACAUCAUCAUCGACAACGUCCUUCUCUAACAUAAAUAACAAAAAUCAAACUUACCAUAAUCAUCAUAAUUAUAAUUUAAAUAAUAAUAAAUCUAGUUGUAGUUUUAGUAAUAGUAAUAUUAGUAAUAAUAACAAUACCAAUAAUAAUAUUAAUAACACUUAUAAUAUUAUUAAUACAAAUAAUAAUAAUGUUAAUAAUAAUAAUAAUAAUAAUAAUAAUACAAAUAAUAAUAGCUCUAGUAAUAACAGUAAUAAUUAUAUUAAUAAAUAUUCAAAUCGUCCAGCUGUGAUUAUAUUAAAUGAUGAUACUACUGCUGGUGGUUUAUCAUCAUCAAUUGGAAACGAAUUUACUUUCGGUGACUUUAACGAAGAUGAACUGAGGCUUUUUGACGAGAGUCAACCGUCUUCCCAAUUAAACUCAGAAGUAUUUCAUAAACGUUAUUUGACCACUGUAAUAAAUUCAAACACGCCACAGAAUUUUGAUGAUUCCGGAGGUAAUUUCAAUACAACUGGCGGAAGCACUGCUUCAGAUGCGACUAAUAAUAGCGAUGAUGCAUUGAUUUUGAUGCAACACACUUCAUCGCCUAAUUCUUCAUUAGUUAUAGAUCAAUCGUCCGACAGUGGCAUUUGUAACAAUUACGUUGCAACAAAGGAAAAGAGAAUAAAUCAACAGUCAACUGGAACAAUAGCAUCCACCAAUCGAUCCUUAUCGACGGACGCAUUAAUUAACAAUACGGUUUAUUUGUCCGCAUCGACGUCGCCAUCCAAAGAAUCCUUAUCAUCAUCGGCUUCGUCAUCUUCCUCAACGUCAUCAAACUCUUCUGCAUCAUCGGGCACUUACGUAUUAAAUGCUCCUGCUUCUAAAGCAAUAACUUUAUCUGCAAGCAAAUCGUCCAAAUCUAAAACAACCUCCUUAUCUUGUUCAAACUACAAUCAACAGAAACACAGUUUAGAUAGGAGCAAAAAUAAAGCCCCUACAAAUAAUAGUCUUUCAAAUACUAAAGUUUCAACAAUGAAUAAACGUAACAGUCAACGACAACAAGAGCAUAGCAGUAACAGUUGUAGUUCUUUAAGUGUUGCCGCUAAAUCCAAUGCAAAUGCCACAACACUACCGUCACUCGAAACAUGUGGUGAUAUUGAAACGGCAAUUAUAGCUGCAGCUAAGAAAGCUGCGGCAGUUGCAGCCGAACAAACUAGCACUUCUGUGAUAAAUAAAAACUACACCACGAAGGGCAUCAAUAAUUUGUCAGUAAUGGGAUCAACUACAACUACUACCAACGCAUCUACAAUUAAUAAUACAAGCAAUAGUAUCAGCAGUAAUUUAAAUCAUUCAAAUAGUUGUAAUAGGCAACAAGGAGUGAUUUCAUCGCCACCAUCUGUAUUAAGUCAGAGCAAAGAGAGUAGUCGAAGAGGCGGUAAUAGCAAUAGCAGUAGUAGGAGCGUUGGUGGUGGAACAGGAGUCGCAGUACAACAGCAGCGAAAAGAAAUUGAUGUGCAUUUUAUACAGCCAACAUUAGCGACACCUAUUAGCUCGGUACAUAAUAAUGAAACCAUUAUUAAUUUUAUUGGUUCAGCUUGGGAAGAGGUAGCUAACAGUAAAGUUACACAAUUUUACGAUGGACAAUAAAAUCGAGUCAUGGGUAAAAUAGUUCUAGAAUUUCUAAAUCGUCUUUAUUAAUUUAUAUAAAUAUAAUAUUAAACGAAAGAGUAAUACAAUUAUAAUUAUUGCUAUUUACUUCCAUGUACUGGUCUACAUGACCGUUUUAAUAUAUUGAAUAUCAGGAAAAAUAAAUAAAACCCCAGUAAAUAAUUAUACAAUUACAUACUAUAAAUUUUUUUUUUUUCAUUUCUAAAUAAAAUUAAAAUUAUGAAAAAUAAAGGAAAUAACAAGUAAUUAAAGCAUGGAAACAAAUAAAAACAUAAUAAGCUUUAAUUAUAUUUUUCUCUUCAAAAUUAUAAUUUUGAUUAAUAUAAAUUUUGAUAUGAUUAAAAUUAGUAAAUUAAUCAAAAAUGUUUAUUAUCAAAGAGCAUUGAAACGUUCUUUUUUAAAGAAAUUAAAUUAAUACAAAAAUUCUAUGUUAAUUCGUAAAAACAAAAUAGAGAACAAUAAUAAAGAAUUAUUAAAAAAAUUAAAACAAAAAAAACAAUAAAAAUAAAUGCGCAAUUGCUCCUAUUUCCUAUCCUUCCUAAUAUAAGAUAUUAUGUAUAAUUUAAAUAAACACUAUUAUAUGAAAACAAAUAACAAUAUGGAAAAAGAAACUUGGAUAGGUAAUAAAACUUAAAUGAAGUAAUGGAGGUUAAAAAACUUUUUUUCAAAGAUAAUCAGAAUAUUGUAUAAAUAUAAAUGUAGUUAUUUGUUGUAUGCCUUUGUGUGUCACGAAAAUAUAAACUUUGCAUUAACAUUAACAUUUGUCAGAUUUUUUUGUUUUUUUUUUUAUAAGAAGAAACAUUUUUGUAUUGACUUAAACAAAAAUCCGUGUAAUCUUUCAAAUAUAAAAUUAAAAACCAUACUUAUAGAUAUGGAGUGACUUCACAAUGAAUUGAACAUUUGAAUAGUGUUUAAGUUGGUCAUUUGAGCCCUUAUUAUCUCUUAAAACUUAAUCCCCAAGUUUAUGAAAUAACAUUAAUUACAAUUCACAACUAACACAUCUUACACUCCAAAUAUCAAUCAACACAUGUUUUUUAUUAUUAUAUUUUUUUUUUUAAGUGUAGCCGUGUACGUAGUUUUUAUAUAAGUACAUAUUUGUUUCGAAUUGAGAUCGCAUUUCUCGUUCAAUAAUCCGUGAAAGUCUUCGUAUAACAUAUAAAUUUCAGAGCUUAAACUUCCAUUAGACAGCAUUUCAUGUCCUUGUUAAAAAUAGCUUUCCACAUUUUAUUAAAAUCUAAAGCAAUAAAAGUUUGAUAAUCUCUUUUUGCGCUUUAAAGCUACAAACACACACUGAAGCAGCGUAUAACAGCCUCGCAAGACAUAUAUUUUCCCAGGCCUCUCAACAAACAAGAUUAUUUUACUUAAUUUAUGUUCUUAAACUGACCAUAAUUGUUGUAUGUAUUUCUUUUACAUUUAGUUUAUGCAUUCAAAAUUUUACAUAUUUAAUUGAGUACAAUUAAGAAAAGGCAAACAGACGAGAUACGUUAAAUACAUUUAGUUUAUCACAAAGAAUAGUAUCCUCUCCAUCAUUAUCACUUGUAAAAUAAUAUAUAUACAUAAUAAUAAAAACAAAUAUUAAAUAAAUAUAACUGCAUUGUAAUACAUUUAUGCCAUAGUCCUUAGUAAUGUAUAAUAGAACAAUGAAAAAUAAAAAUAAAAAAAAAAACAAAUAUAUUAUAUCUUAUAUAAAUGUCAACAUUUGCAACAAACUAUAUAAUUGUAAAAACAAAAUCAAAACUAAUAAGCUUACAAAA